UUCGCGCGACAUUGUUUCGCAUGUGCUGAGCUUGUGUUGUUGACAAAUAUGUCUACGGCUCUUAUAACUGCACUGAGCGUCUUAACCAAACCUGUUCCAGAGGCCAAUUCAAGUGGUCCACAAACAACCCAACAGGAAGUGCUUGUCUCUGCUCUCCAGAGGAACCAGGCAGAACUAAAGCGAAUGUUGGAUGGUGGAGAGCUGGCGGAGGCCCGGCGUUUACUAGAGGGAGUUAGGAGCGAGGCACAGUGGUUCUGUGUUCACACUGAGGACUCAACUUGGAGCUUUGUACAGGAAUGCCUCCUCCUGCUGCUCUGCUUGGCUCGUCAUCUCACCAGGCUGGUGGAGGCUUUUAACCGGGACUCAAGUCCUGCCGUUCCAAACCCCCGUGUUCCAGAGGCAGCUCCACCAUUACCUCCGGAUGUCCUUAGUGUAGCUCAGCAGAAGACCCUAGGCACUGUGCUACAGUUUCUUGUCACCCUGGGCCUGUGUCCAUACUUGGUACCUGGGGUGGGGGUGAGUCUGGUGCUGCGCUCUGCGUUUGGGGUUACUGUGGAGGCUGCAGUGCGCCGCGAUGUGGCCCCACCCUGUGAACGCAGACUUCUUAUAACCACUACUGUUUUUCUUGAAGUGGCUUCUCUGUCGUCCCUGGCCACUUUGGUCUUUACUCGCCACCUUGGUGACCUGAUGGCGGCGCUUUGCCAGUUAGGGUAUCGGCCUCAUCGGCCUGAAGGAGACGGUGUAGAGAAUAAUAAGGGCCUCACUGUAGAAGAGAGAAAGACAUGCAAACAAGAACUUCGGGGUCUUCUGGGAAGAGUUUAUCAGCCAAUUGCUAUCAAGGAACUGCUAGUUCUUCAAGGGGGCCCCAAGGCAGCUCCCGGCUCCAGGCUGCCUCAGGCGCCCCCCUGGUUGAGGCGUCUUUGUGGCCAGUUGCUCUCUGAGAGGUUGAUGCAGCCACACGGGGUCCAAGCAGUGGUCAGAGCCAUCUUGGAGGGAUCAGGAGGUGGAGACUCAGAUUGGAGAAAAUGUGAUGCUGUAGCUAAGAUACUGGCAACUUGCCCCCAACAGUCGCUCUCUGCUGAGAGUUAUUACAGUCAAGUGUGCCCACAGGUUCUAGGUCUUCUCCAUUUCAAGGACAAGAUAACGGCACUACAGUUCCAGCGAGUUGCCACCAGGGUGGUGCUCACCUUGGUGGAGGAUCAGCCUGAGUUUGCCCAGCGCUUCUUAUUGCCUCCUCUCCUCUCACCCCUAAAGCACUGUGCAACAGUCCCAGAAGCUGCAUGCGCCAGAGGAGAAGAUGUAGUACCCGAGUCUGAGCUGACCUGUUGUGUGGAGGAUGUGUAUAAAAUCUAUGUGGUGGGUAACAGCCCAUCAGGAAUCCUGCUAAGCGCUCUUGGGGAAGUAAUUCCCACUAUCGUCAGCCUGUAUUGUUACACCAACCACAAUGUCUCUCACCUACGCACCCCAUGUAAGGAGAUCCUGCAGUGGUACCUGUCUCAUGUGGAGCCAUCAGCAGCACUUUUACUGCUCAAACACCUGUGUGUCAUGCAGGGAGGUGGAGAUGGAGGUGGAGUUGCAUCUGGCUACCAUUUUUCACCUGGCAGUGAAGGAGGUGUCAAGCUCACCCGAAAAGACCCUUUCAGUGAUGAGGAUGAUGCUCUGUAUGAGAGAGUGUCAGGGGAUCAGUGGAAAGUAGAGUGUGUCGUGCAACUCUUGGCUCAAAUGAAGGACACGGAUCUGCCUGGAGAAUUCUUCCUCUCGCUCCUGCAGGAUCUCACAGACUUGGCAUCAGAGCAGCAGGAACCUGAGAAGGAAGUAGACACAUCUUCCAUGACGUUGCUGGAGCUGGAGAAACACCUCGCAGGGAGUGUGAGUGGCUAUGGUCAGAGGCUGGCUCUUCUACAGACUCUGGCUGUCAUGUGUGAGAUUCUGCCACACACACAGCUACUGCGUAAAGUUACCCAGGUGGUGAGCUUCAUAGAGGCCAUGCUACAGAGGGCAUGUGUGGGUCUAGAACACAGCACAGAGAGCUCAGUUGAGAGUCAGACUCUAAGUAUGGGAAUGGGGCUGGUGGCCACUCUGCUGUCUGGAGCUGCACAGCUUACUCCAGAGGACUACUCCUCUAUGGCCAGGCUGCUGCCUCCUCUGGAGCAGAUUUCACAGCAACACCCAGAGCUGGUGAUCCAGGAGCUGGCAUCAGAUCUGCGGGCUACCAUAGCCACACGAGGGGCUUAUCAUUCAGAUUCUGUGACUAAUGCUGCCCAGUGCUACAGCCAUAGCAGUUAUACUCAAACAAAGAACCAGGUGACAAGCCAAACCAAAGGAAAUCGUGUCAAACCUGGUGGAACCUCAGAGAGCCUAAAAGCUCAUGUUAGUCAGAACAUUGAGAUGCAGCAUGUCACUCAACAGUCACCUACAAUUACCCAUACCUGCUGUUCAGUCACUGCACAGUCCACUGCUUCAGUGCCUUCACAUUCUCAAAAUACAGCACGUCUUGGCACAGUUAGCACAUCUGCCGAAGUGAGGGAGCAAGCCCAGAGUUUUCAGAAUAUAAAUUUAAAAUCAUUUACACCGAAGCCUGCUGCCAGCAAACACAUUUCUGCGUCCAAUACUCCCACUACUCCCACUCCAGAAAAGGUCUUCUCUGAGUGGUUGCUGGAGGCCUGUGACCCUGAUAUACCCACCCGGGCCAUGGCACUGCGGGCACUCACCCAGUGUGUAAAAGAGGGAACCACAGAGGCACUACAGGCUCGAGACAAGCUUCUAAUGAUAUUCUUGGAGAACCUGGAGCAUGAAGACUCAUUUGUGUACCUUUCUGCCAUUCAAGGCCUGGUCUUGUUGGCUGACUCAUUUCCUGAGCAGAUCCUGCAACGGCUGUUAGUAGAGUAUCAGGCAGAUCCAAGUGCAGCUUCGUCCAGCAGGGGGCAAUGUCUUGAGACACGCCUCAAGGUGGGGGAGGCUCUGAUGCGAGCUAGUAGAGCCAUGGGUGACCUUGCACCACACCAUGGCCGCCCUCUGAUUGGGGCAUUUCUGAGAGGCACACGAGAUGAGGACAGCAGUGUUCGUGCUAGCUGCCUCUCCAACCUGGGAGAGCUGUGCCAGCGCUUACAUUUCUCCCUCGGCCCACUGGCACAGGAGUUGAGCAUCUGUCUCACGUCCCUGAUAAAGACAGAAAAAGAAGCAGAGGUGCGAAGAGCUGCGGUCCAUGUCAUUGUUUUAUUACUGAGGGGCCUCAGUGAUAAAACCACUCAGGUUCUAGGAGAUGUUCUUUUGGAGCUGUAUCGGGCUUUAAAGUGGGUGGUGCGUGCUGACUCGGAUAAGGUGGCUGUACUACAUGCUCAACUGGCCCUGGAAGAACUUGAUGAUGUCAUGAGGAAAUUCAUUUUCCCUCAACAGAAACUGGAGAAGAAGAUUGUGGUUUUGCCCUGACUCUGGAUACCUACUCGUGUUUCUUUGGCCUAAAUUGGUUAAAAUAAAAAGUUCCCACUAAUCAUACUUUCUGAAGUUUUGGUGCCUGACAAAAUAGAAUUCAGGCUUUUGUCAUCAGACUCAGAGGUCAGAGGGAAGGAGAGUAAAUUAAAGCAAAGCAAAUGACUGAGAUUGGUCUUACUCUGCACACAACACAGAACAACAAUAUACUAUACACUAUGUAUGUAGUUCCUGUGCUCCUCACCCCCACACUUUUGCACUACUUAUAGAAAACAGUUUUGACACAGCUAAUAACAAAUCAACCCGAUUCAUUACUCUACGAGUUCAUUUAAAGGUGUGUACGUGCUACUGAACCUUUCCAUGUCCUUAAGCUUCUAGAAGUGAUGAGAAAAUUGAGAAAAUAUGGCUUUGAUUUUAUAUGUAUGUAUGUACAUUAAGUUGAAUGUAAUACAGGGAAGAUGAUCCA